UAUUAUAUAUUUCGGCGGGAAGUCGAUAAAACUUCACCGAUCUUGCCUCCUCAACUACCAUCUUUAUCAUCCUCAACUGCUCAUCUUUAAAAUCCAUCCCUCAAACUUUCUCGAGAAAAUUAAAUCUCUAGAAACAAACAUGCCCAGAUCUUAUAAUCCAAACACCAAAACCUACAUAUCACCAAGACCACCCAUUCACCUCCCAACAGAUCCCAAUCUUUCACUCACCAGUUUUCUCUUCAACUCAACUCUCUCUGUCCCUCACUCCACAGCUCUAAUCGACUCCGACUCGAAUGAAACCUUGACUUUCCACGAUCUCAGAAUCCGUGUCUCCAAGCUAGCACAGGCCUUGCUCAACCUCAACAUAGCUAAAAACGACGUCGUUCUUAUCUUAUCCCCGAACUCAAUCCAUUUCCCUGUUAUCUUCCUCGCUAUUGUCUCUAUUGGUGCUAUUGCAUCCACUUGUAAUCCAUCAUACACCAUAUCCGAGCUUUCCAAACAAGUCACAGAUUGUAAUCCAAAACUCAUAAUCACCGUACCUCAACUCAUCACUAAAGUCAAACAUUUCAAUUUGCCGUUAAUUCUUUUGAAUUCACCGGAUUCAACUCAUUUAAUUUCGAAUCCGAAGAUAUGGAAUUACUCUGAUUUGAUAAAAUCAUUAUCUAGUGAAGUCUUAAAUUUACCAGUAAAUAACGUUCAGCAAAGCGACGUCGCUGCGUUGUUUUAUUCUUCUGGUACAACAGGUACAAGCAAGGGAGUGAUACUAACUCAUAGAAACUUUAUUGCCACGUCAUUAAUGGUAACUGCUGAUCAAGAUAGAUAUAAUGAGCCAAAAAACGUGUUUUUGUGUUUCUUGCCGAUGUUUCAUAUAUUUGGAUUUGCUGUUACAACCUAUGCGCAACUUAGGAGAGGGAAUAGUGUGGUUUCAAUGGAGAAAUUUGAGUUGGAUAAGAUGUUGAGGAGUAUUGAGAAGUAUAGAGUUUCAUAUUUGUUCGUUGUGCCGCCGGUUGUGAUUGCGUUGGCCAAGCAGAAUGUUGUUGAGAAGUUUGAUUUGACAUCUUUGAAGGUUAUUGGAUCGGGUGCAGCCCCGCUUGGGAAAGAUAUUAUGGAGGAGUGCGCUAAGAAUUUGCCCCAUGUUGAAAUUGUACAGGGAUAUGGCAUGACAGAAACUUGUGGAAUUAUUUCAAUUGAAGAUCGAAAGGAAGGAAUUCGUCUCUCUGGUUCAACCGGGUUGCUUGUUCCGGGUGUUGAAUCUCAAAUAAUUAGUGUAGACACAGCAAAGCCUCUUCCACCAAAUCAACUAGGAGAAAUAUGUCUUCGAGGAGCAAAUAUGAUGGAAGGUUAUUUUAACAAUCCACAAGCAACAAACUUAACCAUAGAUGAGCAAGCAUGGGUACACACUGGAGAUCUUGGAUACUUUAAUGCAGAAGGGCAUUUAUUUGUUGUGGACCGAAUUAAAGAGCUCAUCAAGUGUUAUGGCUUUCAGGUGGCACCAGCGGAACUUGAAGGGUUACUGCUUUUGCACCCUGAAAUAUUAGAUGCUGUUGUCAUCCCGAUGAAUCUCCAUUGUAGAUUUCCAGAUCCAAAAGCUGGUGAGGUCCCAAUUGCAUAUGUUGUUCGCUCGCCUAACAGCUCCCUGACGGAAGAAGAUGUUCAGAAAUUUAUAGCAGAGCAGGUUGCACCAUUCAAAAGACUACGAAGGGUGACAUUCAUAAACAGUGUCCCAAAGUCAGCUUCAGGAAAAAUUUUGAGAAGAGAACUGAUUGAAAAAGUUGGAUCCAAGAUAUGAGAUAUCCAGUUUAUACUAAAAAAUAAACAAAUAAUAAUUUGCUUACACAUGUUUUUGUAGUUCGCCCAUAUUACUCAGGGGCCUAUUAUGUAGCUUUGUUUCCAUUAUUUUGUGCACAUGUACAACAAUGGAGAUCAUUUUUUUGGAUCCUUUUCUUUUUUCUUUGAUUGAUUUUGGGGAAGCAAGAAACUGUCCACAAAAAAAAAAAGAGAAAAAAAGUUAGCAAGGGUCGAAGAAAUGACUUCACAAACCAAAAAAGAAAAACUAGUGAGAGAAAAUUCUGAUGUGUUUCUCUAAAAAGAGAGGUUGUGACUUGCCCUUGCUUUAGUGAGCAAACACAUUAUGCUUCUGACAUUUGCAUUAUCAGCAGCAGAAGCAGAAGCAGCAAGGAAGCAGAAGGUGAAGAAGAAGAAAUUUGGCAAAGACAUUCCUAAGGCCCCAUUAGAAAGUUAAUCCCUAGGCUAUGUCCUCUUUUUAUCAGGCUUUGUUCUUUAUGGGUCUUUCUUUUGCGCUUUAAAGCUGAAUAUUAUCAUCUUGAAAUGCUUCUUGGACCGUCUCA